AUUCUUCAAUAAAAUACUCAAAAGUGAAAAAAAAGGAAAAUCUUGUUAAAGAUCUGAGGCUGAUUUUGGCUCUCUCCCUCGUCCCUCCCAUCAUAUAUAUAUACACACAUACAUACAUAGCUGCACAGAGUGAUAAACAGAGAUAUAUAUAGAGUGAGAGAGAAAGAGAGAGAUCUCAAUAGUUCACAAAAGCUGCUCAUCAUUUUCUUCUUCUUCUUCCCUUUGCUUUUUUCUUCUUUCAUUUAUUGGCUUUAGCUCAUUUAUUCCUCGGACCAGUCUUUAUCUUUUCCUUUUCUUUUUUAGGGUUUUUCUGAGCUACUGUAAUUAACCCCACCCCUAUCAAGAUCUGCUUCGCUUUUCCCAUUUCCUUCGAUUUCGCGAGCUGGGGAAUGGAUGUGUGUGGGUUUGGAUGAGCAAUUUUGGUUGUUUGUGGGGGUGGGGGGGUGGGUCUCGUCUUAGCUUGGCUUCUUUUGGGAUUUUAGGGUUAGGUUGAGUUAAUUUGGGCAUAAUGCUUUUUCCUUGAAACCCACCCCCUUUUGAUUCAGUUCGAUUUUUAUUCUAGUUUUUUUUUUUUUUUUUUUUUUACGAAACUAAUUCUGGCUUUCUGUGGAAUAUGAGGUUGUCUUCUUCUUCUUCAGCUAGUACUGGAUUUGAUGCUCAGCCUGAGGAAGGGGAGAAGAAAUGCUUGAAUUCGGAGCUAUGGCACGCCUGCGCCGGCCCGUUGGUGUCGCUGCCGCAAAUCGGUAGCCGUGUUGUGUAUUUUCCGCAAGGGCAUAGUGAGCAGGUUGCUGCCUCUACCAACAAAGAAGUCGAUGCAGCUAUUCCGAACUAUCCGGGCUUACAGCCGCAGCUAAUAUGCCAUCUUCACAAUGUUACGAUGCACGCGGAUGUGGAGACGGAUGAAGUGUAUGCGCAAAUGACAUUGCAGCCGCUCACGCCAGAAGAGCAAAAGGACAUAUGCCUGCUGCCGGCGGAACUCGGGGCCCCGAGCAAGCAGCCGACGAACUAUUUCUGCAAAACAUUAACAGCUAGUGACACCAGCACUCACGGUGGGUUUUCGGUUCCUCGAAGAGCUGCUGAGAAAGUCUUUCCUCCACUUGAUUACUCUCAAACCCCUCCGUGUCAAGAAUUACUCGCAAAGGAUCUUCAUGGCAAUGAAUGGAAAUUCCGACAUAUCUUUAGGGGUCAGCCGAAGCGGCAUCUCCUCACAACCGGUUGGAGUGUUUUUGUCAGCGCAAAACGGCUUGUUGCUGGAGAUUCUGUUAUAUUCAUCUGGAAUGAAAGCAAUCAGUUGCUCUUGGGGAUUCGACGUGCAAGUCGACCUCAAACAGUUAUGCCGUCGUCAGUUCUAUCGAGUGAUAGUAUGCACAUCGGGCUUCUUGCUGCUGCUGCUCAUGCGGCCGCAACGAACAGUCGUUUCACUGUAUUCUACAAUCCAAGGGCGAGUCGAUCCGAGUUCGUUAUACCCCUGGCGAAAUACGCCAAAGCAGCUUUCCAGACAAGAGUCUCUGUGGGGAUGCGAUUCCGAAUGCUUUUCGAAACUGAAGAAUCCAGUGUUCGUCGAUAUAUGGGCACGAUUACCGGCAUCAGUGAUUUGGACGCUGUUCGUUGGCCAAACUCGCAUUGGCGAUCGGUGAAGGUCGGGUGGGACGAAUCAACUGCGAGCGAGAGGCAGCCGAGAGUUUCCUUGUGGGAGAUCGAACCUCUGACAACUUUUCCUAUGUACCCAUCGCCGUUCUCGCUCCGAUUGAAACGUCCGUGGCCCUCCGGGCUGCCUGCCUACCCCAGUCUCAGAGACGGUGAUAUGAACUUCAAUUCGCCAAUGGCAUGGUUUCGUGGAGGUCUCGGAGAUCAGGCGAUGCAGUCGUUGAAUUUCCCGGGGCUUGGGGUGUCACCAUGGAUGCAACCUCGGCUCGACAAUUCGAUGUUGGGUUUGCAAGCCGACAUGUACCAAGUCAUGGCCGGGACUAGCACGGCGCUCGCCGAGGGUGGCUCGUUGGAUCCCUCGAAAAUCACUGGUCAGCAGCACCUCCUGCAGUUCCAGCAAAAUGUCCCGAAUGUUUCGGAUCUACUGCUACAUAAUCCGAUGCUGCAGCUAUCGAACUCUCAGUCGAACUUCCUCCAGAAUGUUACCGAAAGCAACGCUGUAUUGUCGGCUCAGAUGUUGCAGCAACGCCAGUCGUUUAUCGAUCAUCAGCAGCAACUCCGGCAAUCGUCGCUGUUUGACGAUCAGGUGAUGAGAAAACCGAUAACGACUAGCUCGCAGAUGGAACCGGUUGCCGACUCCCGAUUCACUCCUAUGCAAGGGUUGCCUCCGACGAGCCAGCUGCAGAACUUGUCGGACCUCAUCGGCAGCCAUAUGGGUUCGUCGUCGAAUAAUUCGACCCCUGUCGAGAGCCUUCUGAGUUCCUCACACAUCGGGAACAUGAAUGGGCCGAGUUCGGUAGUUUCGAAUUCGUCGCUGUCAAAACGGGUGGCGUUGGACCCGCAGCUCUCUCCAAAGGUUUCGCAAUUCGGUGCGCCGCAUCCGGAAGAACUGGUGACGCCUAAUUCGAAAGCCUCCGAUCUAUCAGCUCUACUACCGCCGUUUCCCAGUAAAGAUUUUACAGAUUUUCAAAGCGUCGGAAAUUCCCAUCUAUUUGGAAUCGGCUCGAACUCAUCGACUAAUCUCAUCAACGGUGCCCCGGCUCUGAGAAACAUCGGCGGCAAGGACAGCGAGUCACUAUCAAUGCCGUAUUCAGCUCCGGGUAUAUUCCCGAGUGCAGGCGGUACUUCCUUUCCUAUUAACUUGGACAUGGCUACUUCGAGUUGUGUCGAUGAGUCGGUUCUUUUGCAUCCUUCCGGAAAUGUGGACCAAACAAACCCGACGUCGGGAGCUUUUGUGAAGGUUCACAAGUCGGGGUCCUUCGGGCGGUCGCUGGAUAUCUCGAAAUUCAGCAGCUACCACGAGCUUCGCGGCGAGCUUGCUCGUUUGUUCGGGCUUCAGGGCCUGUUGGAGGACCCUCAAAGAUCAGGCUGGCAGCUUGUAUUCGUCGAUCGAGAGAACGAUGUUCUUCUCCUCGGUGAUGAUCCAUGGCAGGAAUUCGUCAACAGCGUAUGGUACAUAAAAAUCCUAUCGCCGCAAGAAGUGCAGCAGAUGAGCAAAGAGCUCAAUCUGCCGAAUCCCGGGCAGGCGGGCAGGCUCUCGACCACUAGCGGCAAUGGCAAUGGCAAUGGCAAUGGCGACUACCUGAGUCGGAAAGAUUCUUCCCGAAGCACCUUGAGCGGGGGGAUACCAUCCGUAGGCACGCUCGAAUACUAACAAACCGAGCAUCGUUUCUUUGUCUGAGGUAACGUAAAAGUUUCGUUGUGUUUUAUUUGAGCUUAAGUUGAGCCCGUCGGAUUGGAUUUUCUUGCCACGUAUUUCCGAUGUAUAUUAUACGAUAUGAAUCCGCCUUAUCUUAUCGUAUAAACCCUUCACUCUUAGCUUGUUGCACGAGACGGACGUUGACUAUGAUCGAGUAUGUAUUGUUGUAUUUGAUGCUUUCUUUUAUUGUGUUACUAGACUUCUUGAGAUUAUACAAUCCAUUGUUCAAGUUUAAGAUA